AUGGCAGGAAGAUACGCCAACGUGGAGGAGGAAGUUGAAGAGGUGCUAGAAAACGACGAUGAUGGUGAGUUUGAAGAGCACGAAGAAGGUCUGGAACUUGACGGGUUAUCAGACGAGGAGGGGGAUAUCUCGUUUGUCAGCGUUGGAGGCGACAAUGAAGAGGACGACAAGUUUGAUCUGAUUGUGGGUGCUCUGGAAGACAUAAUUAUGGAUGACGAAUUUCAUGAUCUACAGAGAAAAUUUGCUGUAAAGGCUCCUUGUCACUACGACGAUACCGAUGAAAACAAGAUCAUUUACACUGAGCUCUUCGGCAAAUAUACUGAACUGAUCGAAGGCUUUCUCGACGCACGAUUGAAAGCAACCAUCCCUGAUUUCUCCAUGCACGACUUCAUGGAGUUGUUGAUCGCGAGGGAGGAAGAGAUGCGAUCAAGUGACGUCUUCGACGUGUUGGUCAGCUGCGCGGACUUCACAACUUUCAAGGAGUUGAUGCUUGCGCACAAGACGGAGAUGAAUGGUGUGGGGCCACAGCUCAAAUUGGAUCUUGACGGCGAGGAGAUGCCGGACCUCAACUUGUGCAUCACUCCUGUCAGUCUGGACGAGUCUCUAUCCUUGCAAGCGUGA